CCUUCCCCAACAAACCCUAGGAGAGGUCUGGGCAUUGGCCGAUCCGGAUAACAACGGCUUUUUGACCAAAGAAGCAUGGUACGAAGCUGCUCGACUUAUAGGAUGGGUACAAAAAGGUGGAAAAAAUCAAGUUGAAGAGAGCUUGAUGUCAAUACCUGGACCUUGGCCUAGUUUUAAAGGUUUCAAACCUCCUCCUAAUGCUCCAUCUAAUCAAUUCACUUCUCAAACACCUAUAUCAACUCAGAACACGGGUCAAACGCCUUUGACGGCCAAUAGUACAGGAUCGGGAUUACCACCGUUGACUCAAGCGGAUAGAACAAAGUUUACCAGGAUCUUCGUGGGAUGUGGACCUCAGAAUGGUUUGGUCAGUGGUGAUAAGGCUAGAGAUGUGUUUGUGAAGAGUCAUCUGAAUUAUGAGAAACUUGGAAAGAUAUGGAACCUCGCCGACACUCAACAGCGAGGCUCGCUGGAUUUACCAGAUUUUAUUAUCGGAAUGUACCUCAUCCAAUCUUGCAUGGCCAACCCCUCGCUCACCCUCCCCGCCACUUUACCCCCGGGAACAUACGAGAUUGCUUCCGGUGGACGACCUCCUCCCCCUCCUCCCACUGAAUCUCCUCUAGCGAGACAACAUACCGGCACUGCUAGCCCUGUCCGAGCACCUGCUGUAUCUGCACUGGGUAAUUCGGCCUUUGCUCCUGUUAGACAGAUGACGGCCCAGCAACCAGCGUGGGACGUGACACCAGAAGCAAAGGCCAACUCCGAUCGCUUCUUCGCUCAACUGGACAGUCAGAACAAAGGCGUCAUCGAUGGGGACAUAGCUGUACCUUUCAUGAUACAAAGUCAACUCGAUGAAGGUACUUUGGCUACCAUAUGGGAUCUCGCCGACAUUCGAAAAGAAGGAAAGCUCACUCGAGACGAAUUCGCAGUGGCCAUGCACUUGAUCAAUUCGAAAUUGGAAGGUAAAGACUUGCCAACGAUCCUUCCACGCAGUCUUGUACCCCCAUCCCUCAGAGGACAAUUUGACAGUGGCCCGCAAGAGGUGCUCAGCUCUACCGGACCAGCCAGCGCUACCAAGGACUUGUUCGAUUUAUUCAGUGAUGAACCCGCCCAAGUCUCGGCGACCGCGUCCAAUUUCGGAACGUCUGCUCCUGCUCCAGCACAACGACAACCAUCCGGUGUUCAAGCUCUACAACCCACAACCUUCUUGUCACAGCCUCCGACCAGACGAGGUACUGGUCAGCCAGCUGCAAGACAACUUUCUCCAGCUUCAACCGGUCAGCAACAGAGUGUAUUCCAAGCAGCCCCCUUUGUUGCACCUACACAACCUCCGGGAGAUCUUCUGGGUGACGAUACCGCCCAGGCGGCACUUUCAGUAUCGAACAAUUCCGUCGAAUUGGGCAACAAACAGAACCAAUUGGCCAACACCACUCGAAAUCUCGAAGGAGUCACCAAGACUCGCGCGGAACUUGAAGCCACCGCCGCCUCAUCAGCUAAACAGAUUGAAGAGCUUGAGAAGAAACUCAGCGAAGCUAAAGCGAAAUACGAAACGGAAACUCAAGCUGUCGCCGACCUUCGUAUCCGCGUUGCUCAACAAGCAGAGCAGUUGAAGAAGAUUCAAAGCGAGGUCAUCUCCGCUGAAUCUGACCUUUCGGCAAUGCGGUCGGAGAAGGAUGAGCUGGGGCAAGCUCUCCUUAGGGAUAAAGAGGAAGUGAGGGGUUUGCAGAAAAUGAUGAAGGAGAUCGAAGAUGAAAAAGGACCUCUGAAAGCUCAAUUGGAGAAGGUCAAGAAAGAAGCUCGACAACAAAAGGGAAUGGUGACGAUCGCAAAGAAACAGCUAUCUACUGCAGAAGCAAGUAGGGACAGCCUCAAAGAGGAGAUUGUCGAAGAGGAAAAAGCUACCGCUGAGCCUGAAAUUCAUCCAGAAACGGAAUUAGCACCUACACCAUUCGACAGUCAUCGAACGGUUUCUCCACCUGGUUUCGCGGUCGCCGCAGCUGUCCCAUUACCGGCUACACCUUCGGCUCUCAGUCCUGUCCCUACGGGCGUAUCGCAACGAUCGAACAAUCCUUUCGAACGUCUAAAAGCUGCCGCUCAAGCGCAACCCCCUGCGCCCGACUCACCCACAGGUCCGAUAUCGCCUGCGAUCGAGACUAGUAGCCCCUCCAUGGG